AGCGAAAAUAUCAACAUUGGGUAAGUGUUUAUAUGAAAUUGAAUUAUGACGAAUCACCGCGCUAUUAUCGCGCUGUUAACUCUCUCAAUCGCAUCACUUGUCACAUUGUUUCUCUGAGUCUGUGCAUUAACAAAUUUCGUUCAAAAAUUAUUCAUCGAAAAUUCGAAUAAAUUCGAGUCUUUAUUUUUCUCUGCCACAAUGAAUCUUGGCAAAAAGGCUUCUGGUGCCCAAAAUAGGAAAAGACAGCUUGAAAAACAAGCGGCUGCUCUUGCGAAUUCCCAAGAUAUAUCGCGAUUUAUGACGAGAGAAAGAAGUUCUGAUUCCAUUCCUGAUGUAGACGAAGAGGAAAAUCAACACGAUGAAAUCUCAGUCAUCUGGCAAUUAUUCUCGUUUCUGUAUGAUUUUGAAAACUAUGAAACAAACCGAAACAACGGUAGUUUGCAGGAAUCAUGCAAGAAACUAGAAAUUGCUUUAACGCACGAUGGAAAAUCAGAUAUCGAUGGUGAUGAUUUAUUUGUAGAACUUUCAUUGGUUUCGACUUUGGUAAAACAGGAUAAUAUUAAUCAUGCAAUCGAUAUACUGAAUUCAAUUCAGAAGCGAAAAAUGGAAAACUUAGUUCCAAAUGCAGCUAUUGCGCUUCGCAUUCUACUGACGAUCCCAGUUUCGGUUGCAACGGGAGAGCGAUCGUUUUCAAGGUUAAAGUUAACCAAAACUUAUCUCAGAAAUGCAAUAGGUCAAGACAGGCUCAAUCAUCUGGCAAUCAUAUCAAUAGAAAGCGAUGUAGCAAAUUCGAUUCAAUAUGACGACGUGAUUGAAGAGUUUGCAACUUCAAAAGCAAGAAAAAAGACGGAAUGUUAA